GCUGAAAUUUGGAAGACAUAUCAUCAUCUUUCCCUCAGAUUCUGCAGAAUAGUGAAAUCUCUCAUCUUCGUCUCCCUUGCGCGUUCGUCGCUCCGUCGUGUUCAUCUUAAAGAUCCGUCUCUCUCUUGUCGCUUGAAUCAGAAGCCAUUGAUGAUGUCAUCAACUUCUAAUCCAUCACCAUCAGAAGCAGCUAUAGUCUCCAUCGAUUCCGAUUUUAACCUAAUGACUGCAACACAGAGACGCUCUUCUACAGACGGUCCUUUAGCAAUACUCUGGGACAUCGAAAACUGUCCUGUCCCCAGCGACUUACGUCCCGAGGACGUAGCGAGUAACAUCCGAACCGCCAUACAACUACAUUCAGAGGUCUCGGGCUCGGUGGUUGUCUUCUCAGCCUUCGGCGACUUCAACGCCUUCCCUCGUCGUGUUAGAGAAGGUCUUCAAAGAACAGGUGUCAAACUCGUCGAUGUACCAAACGGCAGAAAAGAUGCAGCUGACAAAGCUAUUCUGCUUGACAUGUUCUUGUUCGUGCUUGAUCAUCCUCCUCCGUCGACCAUCGUUAUCAUAACUGGGGAUGUGGAUUUCUCUCCCGCGCUUCACGUGCUAGGUCAGCGUGGGCACAAUGUGGUUGUUAUUAUACCUUCUGGUGUGUACGUGAACCCGGCUUUGACUUGUGCUGGUAAGUUUGUUUGGGACUGGCAAACUAUUGUUCACGGUGAAGGGUUUGUGCCAUUACCGAAGCCUCGUGUAGGUCCAUAUCUAAUGGGAUGUGGUAGUAAUAAUCUUGAUGGGGUGAAUGAAGAUGAGACGAUUCUUUAUAGAGGUGUGUCUCAGAGUUUUUAUAGAGAAGCUUCGUCUUUGAUGGUUUCUCAGUUUAAGAAUGAGUCUAGUAGCAGCAUGGUGCCGUCGUGUUAUCCUCCUCCUGGUCACCUUGAGUCCACCAUGUGGGUAGCGCCGGGUGAUUUGAAUGGUUUGAAGGGACAGCUAGUGAAGCUUUUGGAGCUUUCAGGUGGAUGUAUGCCUCUCAUGCGUGUUCCUUCUGAGUACCAAAGGAAUUUUAGUAAACCCCUUUUCAUAGCUGAUUAUGGCUCGCCCAAGCUUGUGGAUCUUUUCAAGAAGAUGGGUGAUGUGAUUGCAGUGGAUGGUAAAGGAAACAAGAGGUUUGUUUAUCUUCGAAGCUCCAAACCAAACCGUAUCUCUCAUUCUCCUCCUCCUGUGGUUCUACUUAGAAGAGAGAAUAAAGGAAAAGAUAUCACCAUUCCUACCAGUGGAGGAGUCUUGUCUGAUCAACUCUCAGAUACGGGUUCGGUUCAGAGCGAAAGGAACCUGGAAGAGUUCAAGUUCGAGCUGCAAGACAUUAUGGUAAGCUAUGGUUGCUGUGUGCGGAUGGAUUGUUUUGAAGUGGUUUACAAGCAAAGGUACAAGAGGUCACUGGAUUACAUGAAGAUGGGCGUGGAUCAGUUGGAGCAGCUUUUUGACAAGUUCAGCGAUGUUGUUGCCAUAUAUGAAGAUCCUGCUACUGGGACCAAACUCAUCAAAGCGAUUUAAGGGAGCCUGCCCAACUCUGAUUGGGAACAAGCAAUGUCAGCUCUUUGCCUGAUCAGGCCUAAUUUUAUUUUACAUGCUCUCUACUCUCUCCUUAACACAACUAGGGAUCGUAUUGCGCGGGGUUUGUAUGUUUUUAGUAACAAUGAUUUCCAAAAAGCUCAAUAGAAUUGCUUUCAUUGGGAAAAGACAUGAACCUGAUUUCAAGCUCUUUAAGGAGCAAAUAUCUUCUAUCUUUUUGCAAUUAUACUUAAUUAGUUGAUAUAGUUUAACAUGAACUUGUGUUUUGGAAUAACUGAACUCCACAUCUAGGGUGAAAGAUAGAUCAAUUUCGACAAUAAUGGCAUGGAGAGGAUCUUCCUG